GUCUUUACACAAACUCCUGCUUGAAAGGUAUCCUUAUCCUGUUGUGGGACAACAAUUUCAGCAGCAAUGGGGAACUGUUGUAACAGUUUCUGGAACACUCCUAAAAACACUGAUAUCCGAAUCAGUCUGCCGGCUGUUUGCUUCGUUUGGCAAAUUGCCAUGAUCAUCCUGUUUGGGGUCUUUGUGCGUUAUGAUGAAGAGUCUGAUGCUCACUGGGCUGAAUUUAAGAAGGAGCAUAACAUCACAAGUGACAUUGACAAUGAUUUCUACUUCAGAUAUCCAAGUUUCCAAGACGUGCACGUCAUGAUCUUUGUGGGUUUUGGCUUCCUCAUGACUUUUCUGAAGCGGUACAGCUUUGGUGGAGUAGGCUUCAACUUCCUUAUAGCUUCUUUUGGGCUUCAGUGGGCCCUCUUGAUGCAAGGCUGGUUCCACUCACUGGACCCUACAGAUGGCAAGAUUAAAAUCGGAGUAGAAAAUAUCAUCAAUGCUGACUUCUGUGUGGCUGGCUGCCUAAUUGCGUAUGGAGCUUGUCUGGGAAAAGUCAGUCCUGUACAGCUGAUGGUGUUAACUCUUUUUGGAAUCACCUUAUUUGCAGUAGAAGAGUACAUCAUCCUCUCACUUUUGCAUGUCAGAGAUUCUGGUGGCUCCAUGGUCAUCCACACAUUUGGAGGGUAUUAUGGUCUGGCAAUAUCGUGGGUGCUCUAUCGGCCAAAUUUACAACAGAGCAAACGUCUCAAUGGAUCCGUUUACCACUCGGAUGUCUUUGCUAUGAUUGGCACUCUGUUCCUCUGGAUGUACUGGCCCAGCUUCAACUCCGCCAUCUCAGAUCAUGGAGAUGGGCAACACCGAGCUGCCAUCAACACGUACCUGGCAUUGGCAUCCUGUGUCCUCUCCACUUUUGCCAUAUCCAGUCUUUCUGCAAAGAAGGGCAAAUUAGACAUGGUUCAUAUCCAGAAUGCCACCCUUGCGGGAGGUGUUGCUAUGGGAACAGCAGCUGAAUUUAUGAUUACACCCUAUGGUUCACUUAUUGUUGGCUUCCUCUGUGGGAUAAUCUCUACCUUUGGCUACCUAGUGUUAACUCCAUUCCUCGAAAAACGGCUAAAGCUUCAAGACACAUGUGGAAUCCAUAAUUUACAUGCUAUGCCGGGUGUCCUUGGGGGAGUUGUAGGCGCCAUUACAGCUGCUACUGCCACAGAGGCUGUCUAUUCAGAGGAGGGAUUGAUCAACACAUUUGAUUUUAAGGGACAAUACGCAAAUAGGUCUCCACAAACACAAGGAGGCUAUCAGGCUGCUGGUCUUUGUGUGGCUUUGGCUGUUGGACUAGUAGGUGGAGCAAUAGUGGGCUUUAUCCUGAGACUGCCUUUAUGGGGAGACCCAGCUGAUGAUAACUGCUUUGAUGACGAAGUUUACUGGGAGGUACCUGAAGAUGAAGAAAGUAUCCCUCCAAUCCUGGAAUACAACAACCACUUUGCUCGCAAGCAGCCUGAUACAUGUUUGUCUGAGUCCAACUUCUCCGUAGAGCAGAGCUAGUCAGAUUUGGAAAACUACACAGAGGUGAUGCAGAUACGAUCGGUGCUGUUUGAAACCUGUUUGACAGGGCCUUGGCGUCCAGGAAAUCAAAGAUAAUUACAACAUUUAGCUUGAUUAAAAACCCAGUUUUCUAUGACCAGGAGUGAUAUCUGUAAUAAUAAUUGCUUAAUCAACACUUUUCUGUUGUUUGUGUGUAUGUUUAUACAUAUACAUGUGUACACAUAUAUGUACAUAUAUAUACGUGAAAUAUUAUAAUUGUAUAUAAAAUCUUUUUAACAAAUCUUUAGUUUUUUUAUGGAAAAGGUAGCACACUGUGUUAAUGAACAUAUGUAAAGCUGGAGUUGUCCUGGAGUUAUUCUGCACUUCAGAAUGUAAUGGUUGAGGCUCUAUUACUGCCCUGUUUGUGUGAUAUUUAUUCAAACUGUGAAUCCUAUAGUAUUUUCAGUUUUGUGAAUUUGACAAAUUUUAUUUAAUGCCUUAUGCGUUGUUUGCUGUCAUUAAAGUAAACAACUUAAUGAAAUAAAAGUGUAUUUUCUUUUUGUUUCCCUUCAUAAUACAAAUUGAUCAUUUAUAUGCAUACACAUCCUUUGAAUUAAAAUGGGCAUACACUAACAUGUACACCGUACUUGCGGAAAAAUAAAAUACAAUGUACGCUCA